CCUGCCGCGGGACUGGUGAGCGCCGUCAGCUGAGAGGAAGGAAGGGGCGUCCCGCCCAAGAUGGCGGGGUGCCGGUAGGCCGGUGACGGCGGCUCCGUGAGGGGAUGGAGCGGGCGAGGCGGGAGCUGCGGGUGCUGCUGGCGCCCCUGUCCCGGGACGCGCGGGGCUCCCUGCGGGACGCGGCCCGCGUCCGGCUGAGCAGGGCCCAGGACGCUCUGGGCAGCCUCCUGGUCCCUGGCGGGAUCUACCUGGAGUCCCUGGCGCCGGGCGGAGGCGGCCGGACCCGCGGCAGCGUCCUCCCGGGAGCCUGGGCUGACUUCAUGUGGGAGAGCACAGAAGAUGAUCCGCAAGCAGGCAAGACCAAAAUACUGGCUCUUGGUAAAAGUCAUGAACUGUUUGUCUAUGAGUUCACUCUUGAAGAUGGAAAAUACAACCCGGCUUCCCUGCACAGUUGUAAGGAAGAUACGCUUAGAAAGCUCCUUGAAGUUAAAAACAUUAGUCUGUCUUCAAUUUUCUCUUUGAGGAUACUGUCUUUUAAAAACAACAAGUGCACGCUGCUGCUCAAUACCUUCAUUGUUGUGCACCUUGCCUUUCGUGGAGAAGACUCAUCCUUAGAGACGAGCAACUGCUUUACCCUUGAUUUACCUCCACAAGUUUUGGAUAGAAUCACAGAUGUCCACUUCUGCAGAGGGAUCCUGUUCCUGUUGGAUAGCUCUGGCUGGAUUUACAUCUUUGACUCUUUUGAUGGUGCAAAUCUAGGAAGCAUCAAUGUAGCACUGUGGCAGGGGGACGUGAAGGGUGAGGCCACGAGUCCAACCACUGCAGUGCCACUCACUGCAGUGAGAGUGUCGCACGAUCUCAGUGCUGCUGUGAUCAUCAGUUCCUCCCACUGUGCCAUCCUGGUGGAUCUGAACAUGUACUUCAGACAGUUCCCUGAGCAUUUGCUCUGUAAGAGGGAUCCUGAAAAACUUCCAGUGAAGCCUCCUGAAGGACUUGAUGAGGAUGACCUUGCUAGUUCUGACUAUAGCAUGCAGCUCCUGUCCUUGCCUUUCCGCACAGACAGGUCCUGGAAGGCGCACUUAUCCUCGCUGUAUGAUAAAGUAAGGAGAAGAAAACCAGGUUCUCCGGAUAUGGUGAACGACUUGACUUUACCUUGGUAUCAGUUUUUGAACCAUCUUGAAGACCAUGAUCCUGAAAUCUCUGAAGAUUCUGAAACAGUGGUAUCUUUUGUUCCAUGGGUUCUUACCUGGGCACUGUCCAAGCCGUCACAGAGCAGUGGUACAAACCCCAGGAAUGCACCACAGCAAUGGAAGCAAAUCCCCAAAGAAACACCACAAGAAGUGGUGAAACUGGAGUGUAAAUUGGUGACUGGAGUUAAAGCCCUGUUUGUAGUACUGACAAAUGACAGAGGGUUGACUCUUGCUGUCUGGGAUUUCGAGUCACAAGAUGUGACCUAUUACCGCUUUGGCAAAAAUAGUGUAUAUGUGGAUUGCAGCGAGGAGGUGCCACUAUCUCUGCUUCUGACAGAGCAUGGUUUGUCCUUGGUUCUCUUUGGUGUAACUCAAGAAGAGUUUCUGAAUAGACUGAUGAUCUACAGCAGCGCUGGAGUUGUAGAUGCUGUUUGUCACCUCAAUGGAUGGGUUCGGUGUUCAAUUCCCAUACAAGCACUAGAGGCAGGUUUGGAAAAUCGUCAGCUAGACACAGUAAACUUGUUUUUAAAAAGCAAAGAAAGUCUUUUCAGUCUGUCUGCACCCAGCUCUGGACCUGAGCAGUCUCCUCAUAGCACAUCCCAGUCUUACCUGAAAAAUUUGGAAGAGCUGAGGCCAGCUUUAAACUUGCUUUGCUCAGCAAUCAAGGAAAAUGAUACAGAGUCUCACAGCAAACACUUUUCUGAGCAGCUGCUAAACCUCACCUUGACUUUCCUCACCAAGCAACUGGACGAAAUCUUUGUGCACACCGAGGAACCUGAUGAAUUCCUGCAGAAGGCUGCAGAUAUUUUAACUGAUUACGUUAUUAAACUGAGACAAUUCCUGAGAAAAUAUCCUCAACCACAAAUAAAGCCCGUGCACACAGGAAGUGAUCCUGAUGAAGAGCUGCCUGAACUAGAAGAAAGCCACAUGUGGGAAAAACUGACCCCAGAGGAAGUCAUUGCUGAGGCCAUCUUAAACAACAAAAUGCCAGAGGCCCAGACCUUCUUCCGGAAGCAUCAGCAUCCUGCUCAAAGUCUUCAGGAAUUUACUCAGACAGGUUUGAACCUGGUCUAUGACCGGCUUCUGAAGGACAACACCAGAGAGGCCUCAGAACUGUUAAGAAACAUGGGCUUUGAUGUGAAGGAGGAAUUGCGUAAGAUCUGUUUCUACACAGUUGAUAAACACGUACGAGAUCUGUUGGUGAGAAUUUUACGAGAAGAAAAUUAUUUUUCUGAGAAAGAGAAGAAAAUGAUAGACUUUGUGCAUCAGGUUGAAAGCUUUUACUCGGAAUCCUCCCAAGAAAAUAGAGAGAUUCAAUCUCUUGCCAGUUUCAAGAACUGGAGAAAGGAACAAGACAUUUCUGGACAUUCAGCUGUUCUGGACUCCUUGAGUUGCGAUAGACGUCGGGUACCCAAUAGGAGAGUCAGAGUGAUGUUUAACUGGGCCCAGUGGUGGGAUGAGCUCAUUCAGGAAAUGAUUCUUCUCCCCAGAAAACCACGCCAAGAGCUCAAGACAUGUAAUCCCGAGGUCCUUUGGAUGCACUUGACAGCCCAGCAUGAUUGGCUUAAUAUUUGUUCCUGGAUUGAAGAAUCUGAGCGCAGCCAGGCCUUGUGUGGAGAAGCUAACUGGCCCCCACUUACUCCAGACAUCAUUGACAGGAACAUGUUAUGUAGUAGCUACAUGAGGAAUGACAUAUUAAACAAGCUGGCAAGAAAUGGAGUUUUUGUCUCUUCUGAGUUGGAAGAUUUUGAACUUCUGCUCCAGAGACUGUCCUACCUCGGGGGAGUUCUGCAAACUCCUCACCCUGUUCCAAAGUACAGUGCUGCAGGUGGUUUGGACUUCCACGCUCGUUUCGUCCUUCACUGUUUAGAACAUAAUUUGCAGUAUCUGUUAUACACUUACUUAGACUAUUACAGUUUAACUUCUUCAAAUUGCCCAAUAUUGGAUAACAAGGAAUUGCAUGAAGCACAUCCCUGGUUCGAAUUCCUGGUGCAGUGUCGAGGGGUUGCCAGUAACCCACAAGAUCCAAAGAUGAUUUUUCAGGCUAGUCUAGCAAAUGCUCAGAUCCUGAUUCCUAGUAACCAAGCCAGUGUGAGUAGCAUGCUGCUGGAAGGACGUACACUGUUAGCACUUGCUACUACAAUGUAUGCACCCGGAGGUAUUGAUCAGGUUCUUCAGAAUGAAGAUACGGAAAAUCCUCUAAAGAAGGUUGAUCCACAGCUCCUAAAAAUGGCAUUGACUCCUUACCCCAAGCUCAAAGCUGCUCUCUUUCCACCGUGUACUCCUCAUGGAAUUCUGCCACCUGACAUCUCUCUCUACCAUCUUGUUCAGUCAUUAGUGCCCUUUGAUCCCACUAAACUGUUUGGCUGGCAGUCAGCAAAUACUCUUGCUGUGUCAGAUGCAUCAAGUGACUUUCCUCACUUUUCAUCCCCUGAACUGGUGAACAAAUAUGCUAUAAUGGAACGACUGGACUUUUUGUACUAUUUGCACCAUGGACGUCCAUCAUUUGCUUUUGGGACAUUUUUGGUCCAGCAGUUAGUAAAGAGCAAAUCCCCCAAACAGUUGAUUCAGCAGGCAGGGAAUGAAGCCUAUGGUUUAGCUCUUUCUCUCUUCAGUGCACCUUCAGUAGGAGCAGCCUGUGCCUGUUUCCUGGAAUUACUCGGUCUCGACAGCCUCAAACUCAGGGUUGAUGUUAAAGUUGCAAACAUGAUUUUCAGUUACAGAACAAGACAUAAAGAUUCUCAGCACAGUCAAAUAAGAGAAUCUUUGGUUGAAAAGUUAAGAAAAUUGGCUGAUGGUGACAAAGCAACUGCAGCAGAAAUUCUUACCUCCUUAGAAGAAGCCUUUUGGGAUGCAGUUGAGCAGCAAGGAAUAAUGAAAACAUGCAGUGACUCUAGAAGGCAGUGGUCUUUGGUAAUGCAGUUCUGUAAACUCCAUAAUAUCAGACUGAGUACGUCUUACCUGAAGGAAUGUGCCAAAUGCAAUGACUGGCUGCAGUUCAUCAUCCAAAGCCAGCUGUACAGCUACCAGCCAGAUGAGGUCAUUUCUGUCCUUCAAGAUUUCACUCCCACUUUACAAGAUCACUUGAUGUUGGCUUUGGAGAAGCUACCCGGUGUGUGUCCUGCUGCAGGGAGUGCUGGAAGCAGUGCUGCCAGUGUGCUUAAGGGCAGAUAUGCAGAUAGCCUCUUCCAAAUCCUUUUUCAGUGUCAGGGGAACUCAAACCCUUCACGUUACCUUUUGACUGCAGGAUUGAGAGAGCAGGCUCCCAUUCUGAGUGUCUUAGCAGCAUGUUUCCAAGAUGCAAACAUUCUUCAUUGUCUCUGUGUUUGGGUAAUUACUGCUGUGGAUGAUGCUACCAGAGCUGAAGCAACAAACCAUAUUCAGAGCUCAGCAGAAAACCAUGAAUGGGAUCUUCAUGACCUGGCAGUUAUCUGGAAAGUGUUCUUAAGAAAGCAAAAAAGUAGAACACUUCUGAAUGGCUUCCAGCUCUUUUUAAAGGAUUCCCCUUUACUGCAUAUCCUGGAGAUGUAUGAACUGUGUAUGAACUGUAAAAAAUACAGUGAAGCUAAAACCAAACUGGACAAGUUUCAGGAAAGUUUCACAAAACUUAAAACCGAAGAUGAGCCAGCAGCCUCAGAAUUCCCUGUGCAGUGGUUGGAAUCACAAACCUUGUUUCUUCUUGAAUUGAUGAUGCAGCAAUGUAGAACGGAAUAUGAAUUGGGAAAGCUCUUACAGCUGCUUGCUGCAGCAGAUGGUCUUCUGCUUGAUGGCCCCUACGUGAAGAAACUCUGUGCACUCAGUGAGAUCCUGAAGGAUUCCUCCAUAGCAAUUAAUCGCUCCAUCCUAACCAGUUCUGAUCUGGAGACAUUCCAGAGUGAGUGCAGAUCGAUUCUGGAGCAGCUGCAAGAGAAAGGGAUGUUCUCACUGGCUCGGGAGGUAGCAGCACUGGCUGAAUUGCCCGUGGACAGCGUAGUUACACAAGAGGUUCUAAGAGAUCUGCAUCGUUUAAGAGAGCUUGGACUGUGGCACCAAACCCAGACAAGAACUGAAUUCUGGAAGAAAUGUAAUGACAGCUUCAUGAAAAACUCGGUCUCCAGCAAAGCUGCAUCUCGUUUCUUUUUCGAUCAGGCAAACACGGUAUUUGAGUCUUUAGCUCAUGAGAAGAUAACCAGCAUCAUGGAGAGGCAUUUGUUGCUUACCCUGGCUGGCCACUGGCUUGCCAAGAGUGACUCGGUGUCAUUGCAUGAGUUGGAGGCAAUAGAGAAGCAGAUCUGGAUUUGUCGCAUCGCACAACCGUCACCCACUGCUGAGGGGUCAGGCACAUCAAGAUUCUCCUCCCAUGUUGCUGUGAGCCCAGAUCUUACCUUUGAUGACUUAGCAAAGGAAUUUUCUUUCUCAAAGCUACCUGCUCUCAACAGACCAGAGUACUUAAAACUAGAGGGGCUUGCAUUCAGAGAGUCUCAGCAGACCUUGACUUGUGAUGAGGAGCAGUCACUCAAGGUUCUGAUCGGGUGCCUCCUCGAUGAAGGCAGCGUGCAUGAAGCCAGCCGUGUUUGCCAGUAUUUCCACUUCUACAGCAGAGAUGUUUCACUGGUUCUGCACUGCAGAGCCCUGGCCUCAGGGGAGGCUGAUCUAGAGAACCUGCACCCAGAUAUUCAGACUCUCCUUAUAGCAAGAGAGAAGUCAUCUGAAAGCAGCACAUCUGAGCACAGCAGAGUUCUGAGUGCAUCAGGCUUAGAAGACUGGACUCACAUUGUGGCUCCACCUCCAGAUGAUCAAGUUGUUAUCAGCCUGAAGGCUCUUAUAGAAGAAUGUGUCCAUGGCAGGAAUUACUGCAGACAGGUUCUCUGUUUAUAUGAGCUUUCUAAGGAGCUGAACUGCUGCUACAGUGAGAUGUCAGCCCAGGACCCUGAGAAGCUGCUUCGUGCCAUCCUGUCAUCCCGCCAGCCGGAGCGGUGCAAGAAGGCGCAGGCGUUCAUCACCACGCAGGCUCUGCAGCCCAGCACCGUGGCAGAGCUGGUGGCUGAGGAAAUCAUGCAGGAGCUACUGGCAUCUUCAGAAGGGAAAGGACAGAAACAGGUUGUGAACCCAGCAGCUGAGAGUCAGGCAUUCCUACAGCUUGCUAAGCUCUGCCAGGAUCAUACAUUGGUUGGCAUGAAGUUACUGGAUAAGAUUUCCUCCGUACCUCAUGGGGAACUGUCGUGCAUUACAGAACUGCUGAUCGUGGCUCACAACUGCUUCAGUUUGACUUGCCACAUGGAGGGGAUCACUCGAGUCCUCCAAGCAGCACGGCUGCUCACGGAUGAGUAUCUGGCACCUAAUGAAGAGUACGGAGUCAUGGUUCGUCUUCUCACUGGAAUUGGCAGGUACAAUGAGAUGACCUACAUAUUUGAGCUGCUGCAUGAGAAACACUACUUCGAAGUGCUCAUGAGGAAGAAGUUAGACCCAAGUGGGACACUGAAGACAGCUCUGCUGGAUUACAUCAAGCGCUGCCGGCCCGGGGACAGUGAGAAGCACAACAUGAUAGCCCUGUGCUUCAGCAUGUGUCGAGAGAUCGGGGAGAAUCACGAGGCUGCUGCUUGCAUACAGCUCAAACUCAUUGAAUCUCAGCCCUGGGAGGAGUCUCUUCGGGAUGUUGCAAAUUUAAAGAAACUGCUGAUGAAAGCCCUGACGCUCUUCAUUGAUGCAGCAGAAAGUUAUUCUAAGGACUCCUGUGUGCGCCAGGCCCUGCGCUGCCGGCGGCUGACGAAGCUCAUAACGCUCCAGCUGCACUUCCUCAGCACGGGUCAGAGCACGAUGCUCAUCAACCUCAGCAGGCAGGAGCUGAUGGACUCCAUCGUGGCCUUGCCUCGGUUCUACCAGGCAGCCAUUGUGGCCGAGGCAUAUGAGUUUGUGCCGGACUGGGCUGAAGUUCUGUACCAGCAAGUGGUCACCAAGGGAGACUUCACAUACUUAGAAGACUUCAAACAACAAAGACCCCUGAAGCCCAGCAUGUUUGAGGAGAUCGCCAAGAAAGUUAAACAACACCCACCUACUGAAGCUGCUCUGAAGAACCUGAAGAAGCUGCUCACGUACUGUGAGGACAUCUACACGUACUACAGGUUGGCUUACGACAACAAGUUCUACGACGUGGUGAACACGCUCCUGAAGGACGCUCAGACUGGCUGCUGCCUCAAUGACAUGUUGUCAAACUAGAGCCCGGCUUCCCGCAGGGUUAGUACUGACUCUUUAACAGGUAUUUUAUCCAUCUGCUUACAGCAGUGCGCUGCUACGCGGAGGCUGCUCCAGAGAACUGGUGCUGGUUGUAAAUAUUGCAAGGGCUGAGGCUGGGUUAACCUAAAACUGUGUUUUGUAUAAUAAAUCUGUUUACAAAACACGUGAGUAACCAGCCCCUGCAGCCAGGGAUGGCCCCUUGGAACCACAGGGAGCCAGCAGCCACUCAUGUCAGGCUGUGGCUCACCACGGGAAUGGUGUCCAAACCAGCAACCAGCUGGAGGAGCAGGCCCGUACAUGGUGAUGGAGUCAGCGGGAGUGUUAGUGAACUCCUUUGGAAGGCUGAGGUACGUGCCCAGAUAAUCCAUGCUUUGGCUCUCAUCUGAUCAGA